UAUUGGUGGUUCCCCGAUCUAUUUCCGCAUCGAACGUGCCAAAGUGAUUGAUUACACAACUAGAACAUGGGCUGCCAGGUGUGACAAAAAUAAUAAAAAAUGAUAUGGAUAUGCGACAAAUUAAUAAUGGACUUGACGGUGAGGUUACAAAACCAGUUACAAAACAGUUAAGAGUAACAGGCAACGUAACUUGGUUUAAACGUUAUUUCCUUAACUGUGGAACUGUUUUUUGUAGCCCCCAACAGGAUGACGCAUCGCGUCGACGUGUUGGACUUUUCUUAGAAUCUACUUUGUUUUACAUUGGUUCGAUAUGCCAACAAGGUUUGGCAUUUUCGACAACUUUCUUUUCCGGACGCUGCAUUGUCAUAACAAGUCUCUUCUUCUCGUUCUCCAUUUACCAGUUUUAUUCGGCGAGUAUUGUCGGAACUCUAUUAAUGGAGAAACCGAAAACAAUACGCACAUUGCGCGACUUGGUGCAUAGUUCAUUGGAAAUUGGCAUCGAAGACUUACCCUACAAUCGAGACUUCUUUUUGCGUACCAAAGAUCCUGAUGCGAUUGAAUUGUAUGCAAAGAAAGUAACUAAUAUACCGCCUGCACCUGAAUUUGCAGAGUCCAAUGGGGAGAGUAUGCCACCGACACCUGCAACAGAACUAAGUGCAGCGGCCAAGGCAAAAUCGUAUCGUGACAUUUUGCACAGUCAUGAGACUGGAGCACAUGCCAAGACUAAUGAAGCAUCAAAUUGGUAUGAACCGGAAUAUGGAGUGGCGAAAAUAAGGAAAGGGAGAUUUGCAUUUCAUGUUGAUGUGGCAACCGCUUAUAAAAUCAUUGCGGACACAUUUACCGAAAAGGAAAUAUGCGAUCUAACAGAAAUACAUUUAUUCCAGCCGCAGAAAAUGGUUGCCAUCGUACAAAAAGGAUCGCCACUGAGGAAAAUUAUAACAUAUGGGCUGCUGCGUGUUACUGAAAGUGGCCUCUUGACUUAUCAGAAUAACAUUUGGCAUUCGCCAAAACCACGCUGCGUUAAGCAACUACACACGGAUGAUUUGCGAGUGGAUAUGCAAACAUUUACCUCCGCUCUUUUGGUGUUGUUAUUCGGAUUUGCAGUUAGUCUAUUUACAUUGCUUUUGGAAAAUCUUCACUACCGGAUGUGGCAUAAAUUUAUGAUGGAGUAAUUGAUUACAUUAAAAGUUCUUUGUUUAUUCAAAAAAAAAA